AUGGCACAGUGCACAGCGUUGUCAAUAAAGAAGAUGGUCCUCGAUCGCGAGGAUUCUUGUCCUGUGUCCGAUACAGAAAAUGCUCGCGCUGUCUUAUCUUCGUCAUGUGAUCAACGGGCAGAAGUGGACAAAGCCGUCAGCUGCGGCAUCGGAAAGUUGGCCCUGCUUCUCGGGGGGUGCGGACUGGUAACGCUCGGAACGUUGUUGACUCUACGUCGUUUCAGCGUCCGAGAAAUCGCUGAUGUCGCACUGCCCGUUUGGUCACUUAACGCUUCGACCGGUCGGCCGGUUGGACAGAACGAUGUUGGUGCCUACGACGAGACUUGGCACUCGGACCGACUGGCAUGUGUGAUCGAUCAGCUUUGCGAGGGCAGCGCCGGAUGGACGGAUAGGGCUCCGUUUCCUGACAUCUCGACUUCGCUAAGAGGCUUAACUCCGUUGUAUGCGACGAGUUUGGCUUUUGACGCCGCCCUCUUCCGCAGAGAACCUUGA